UUUUAAAGGAGGCGGACACGGGGCGACUGCAGAGCGCGACUGGAGGCGGCGGAGGGUGACAGGAGAGGCAGCCACAGCGAGUCCAGACACCGGUGAAAGCACAAGGAGACAGACCCCGUUUCAAGAGAGAGAAAGGAGCAGAGGAUGUCCAGAGCUGACUGGUCCUUCCUGGAGCACCUGCUGGAGGAGGGCCAGGAGUAUUCGACAGGCAUUGGCCGCGUCUGGCUUACCGUGCUCUUCCUGUUUCGCAUGCUGGUACUGGCAACGGCCGCCGAGUCUGCCUGGGAUGACGAACAGGCCGACUUUGUCUGCAACACGCUGCAACCCGGCUGCAUGGCUGUGUGCUACGAUAAAGCCUUCCCCAUCUCCCACUUUCGCUACUUUGUCCUUCAAGUCAUCUUCGUGUCCACGCCGACCAUCUUCUACUUUGGAUAUGUGGCUAUAAGGGUUGGUAGGGAUGCAAAUGAAGGGGAGGAGCAGGAUGAGGAGCAGGCAAAAGCUGGCGGCGGUGGAAGUAAGAGAGGAGAGAUCGUAACAGUAAAGGACAAUAGCUAUGUGGCUAAAGACAAUGCAGAAGACAAGGAGAAACAAGGGGAUCUUGGGAAAGGAAGAAGAGCUGAGAAGGCACCUCCUGAGGUUCCUAAACUGAAAGGCAGGCUGCUGUGUGCAUAUGCAUUCAGCAUCCUGGUAAAAGUCCUGCUAGAAGUUGGCUUCAUCGCAGGGCUGUGGUUCCUUUACGAUGGCUUCUUCAUCGCAGCAAAGUUUGAGUGCAAGGGGUUCCCUUGUCCUCAUACAGUGGACUGCUUUGUCUCCCGGCCCACGGAGAAGACAAUCUUCACCAUCUACACUCAGGUGAUCGCCGCCGUCUCCCUGCUCCUCAACCUCCUGGAGCUCCUCCACCUACUUCAGCUUGCCAUCUCCCACCGGCUGGAGAAACGCUACCGCGCACAGCGCCAGGACUACCUACCUCGGGCGCAGCAGGCGACAGCGCGAGAGGAGCCUCCAGAACUCCAAGCGGAGGCGUCACAGCUGUACAAAGCAGGGAGCCACGUGGACCUCCCCGUCCAGGGUGAGGCUACAUGCUACUCCAACCCCUGCGAGAGCUACGGGGAUCUGGCCAUAGAGGUGAUCUGGGGACCUGGGGAGGCUGGGAGUGACGUGCUCCCCAGUUAUGUGAACUGCAUGGAGGCUAUGAGGACUACACACUCCCCUAGAGUCCAUUAUAAGAAACACGCACAACACACUGGGAAAAACACUAAGGUCGCCCAUAAGGGACACUUGAAGCAGAAGCAUUAUGUAUGACGCAGAUGGGGGUAGUGUGCUGUUUAUGACUAUGAAAGCUUUGUUGAGUCUUCCAGUUCUUUGUAAAUACUAUCCUGCACAUGACACUUGACUAUCAGGAGCGCACUGUGAGCUCGAUGCUUCAGAGGCAGGCCCGCAUUCAAACAGAGAUUUACCAGAUAAACUGACCGAUUCAAAGGAAACAGUCUGAGAACGCUCCCUGAGGCAAAGACACUGAGACUCCACAAUUAGACAAGACGCAGUCAUAAGAUGCUUUCAUUUUGCAUCUAGUGGCUUUUGGUGUUGAAUGUGACAGUGAGGGGAAAAAAAAACAAAACAAGGGAAAGGGGGGUCUGCAGAGGGAUAUUGUGAGACUAGGCAGCAGAGCCACAUUUAAGCAUAUUCCUCUGAGAUUUGCACUGUAACCCCUGGAGUUCUUUGAAACCCCCCCUCCUCUCCCCGUGCCUGCGCUCGCGCUGUGGAAUGUCCUGGUCUCUGGAUCCUGCUAAGCUCCCAAGAGGAUAAUGGCUGCGUGGAUGCAGGCACGCAUGCAUGCACACACACAAUGUACUUUUCCCCCUCUCACUCGAUGAGUUUCGGUCACUUGAGUCGGGGUUGCAGGCUGGGGAAGAGAAGGGGCGCCAAACCACGGGGAUCAUGGGAUUGUAAGUGACUUCUCGUUGCGAGUGACCAAAGUAUUUUAGCUAUGAGGAGAGAGCGAGAGAGAGAGGACCACCGCACACCAGGCUGCGAGAGCUGAACAGAGCAAAGACAAGCGUCCGGUUUAAAAAUCAAACCUUUUUAGAGAGCUUGAGAGAGAUGCAUUGGUGAUUGGAGGUUGAAUGGACGGCAAGCGGUACAGAAAUGUGCAAACACAGUGAAAGGAAAUGACGAUGUGAAAACUGUAUUUUAAUGUCUGGAGUACUGUGAAGUAAUACCAGUGCAAAUAUUAAUUAUUUUGUGUAAAAUAAAGUUUUAAGUACCACAAACGAAUGACGACACUGUCAAUUUAGGACAUAAUCAUCAUAUGAGCACUCAACAAAUUAAAACUCUUCAGAUCAAUCACAUACUGCGUUACUCGUGUUAAAUAUGCUACAGAUUCCAUACAGAGGCUUCACUCCACACACGGAUCCCUUGGUGGUUUUAUCCCCUUUCUGAACACGGGGAUGAGAUUUCUGUGUGGGAAAAAUGUCUCUGAAGUGUGUCCUGCUUCUGUGUCCAACCAUACACCUUCCACUACCCAAACACUGUCACAAUACGGAGGCACUGAAUCACUCAGGAGACAGUCCUGUGGGGAUAAUAGAAAGGCGGAGGUGUGGAGAAGUGGAUGAGCCUUACGGGGCAUGAUGAGCAUAACCUCCUGAGGGAAGAACGCUGCGCGAAAUAACUUUGAUUUAAUGGCUGUUUUCAGAUCUACAGCUCUGGCUGGAUGGGGAAGAAAGGCAUCAAUUAUAUGCCAGUAAAAGUUCAUACAAGGUGGAAGAGCACUUUCUAUUUAACAUCCCUCGGGGAGCCCUGACUGCUAACGCUGCUUUUGUGGAAAGCAAGCGAUAAAAUCCAGAACUCGGGACCUUCCACAAAGGUGCUCACCCAGGCUCCGAAUGAAUGCAGCCAUAUGUCUUCAGGGCGGCAGCCGCAGCGCUCUGCAGUGCGCCGCUCAUUUCCAGCAAUUUACCGAACUGUCACCAUGACGAUAAGGAGUUAUCUAUAGCAGGAAGGAGGGUUUAUGGGAAAUUUA